AUGCAUCAAUCCUCAAAUUAUUCUACUUUAUUGCAUCUUUUACUUAUGCUAAUUCAUAAAAUCAUUAAAAUAUCUAAUCAAGUGAAACGUUUAUUAAUAAUAAUUAUGGAGGUAACCACAGAGCAAAGGAACUUCAACAUGGAAGAGCUAAAAAUCGACCAGUGACACAAAUACCAAAUCGUCGACCAAAUUGCUGUUGGGACUUUUGGUGUUGUUUAUAAAGCCAUAAAUCGAGAAAAUAGUGAACUUGUUGCAAUUAAAAAAAUUCGUCAAGACCCGAGAUACCAAAACCGUGAAUUAGAAAUCAUGCGGCUUCUUACCCAUGAUAACAUCAUUACUUUACGAAAUGCUUUCUUAAGCAAGGAAGGGACUGAUAGAGAAUAUUUAAACGUUGUAAUGGACUAUUUUCCGGAAACCAUUCUUAAACCGAUUCAAAACUCAUUGAAAAAAGGAAGAAAAAUCCCUGAAUUAGUAUCAAAGCUGUAUAUGUAUCAGCUGCUCAGAGCACUAGGGCACAUGCACUCCCUAGGGAUUUGUCAUAGAGAUGUAAAACCGUUAAAUAUUUUGCUUGACUCCAAAACUCACAUUGUAAGCUUAUGUGACCUUGGAAGCUCUAAAAGGCUUAUUCGCGGUGAAGCAAAUAUCGCUUAUAUAUGUUCACGAUAUUAUAGAGCUCCUGAGCUUAUUUUCGGGUCAACUAGAUACUCAGAGUCGAUUGACAUAUGGAGCGCUGGGUGUAUAGCUGCUGAACUUUUAAUAGGAAAAAUGCUAUUUGUGGGGAGCACAAGGAUUACCCAGCUGAUAGAGAUUAUUAAAAUUAUGGGAACUCCUUCAAGAGAAGAAAUUUAUGAAAUGAAUCCUAAAUACAGAGAAUAUAUGCUAUAAAACUUAUAAAAAACUGUUUAAUUGUAAAGUAAAUGCUUUAUUUUACAUUUAAAAUAUAAAAUAAUUUAGAUAUCGAAUUAAAUUAUUAUAAUAAAUCAGAAUAAUUCCCAUUUGUAAAAGUGGUCCCACUUUUUAGGAUUCUUGAUGGCGCUUCUAAAAAUGCAAUUGAUUUUGUAUCAAGUUUACUGCAGUAUUCGCCUAGUGCAAGACCUAAAGCAUUAGAGGCAUUGCUACACCCUUGAUUUGAUGAAUUGAGAAACCAAAAUUGUAGGCUGCCGAGUGGGAAUCCCCUGCCUGAUAUUUUUAACUGGACAAAUGAAGAAAGAAAUUCUGUGAGCCCUGAUGUUAUUGAGAGAUUGACUCCAAGCUGGUAUCGUAUUGACCCUAGUAACUAA